UUGGGCAGGGACUGGAUCUGUGUGGAGUAGACUCCAACCGCUGAGGUGAAGGUGUAUGUUGGGUGGAGCCAAACGCGGCCAUGAAAAAAAAAAGAAUGAAGAGCUCUCCCCUCACCUCAGGCCUCCCCCUCUUUUCCAGGCAGAUCAUGAGCCAUCAGCUCCUGUGGGGCAGGCUAUAGGACAGACGACAAAACUAACUCACGGAAGGACCAGUGUACCAGGCACCAUGGGACAGUGUCGGUCAGCCAAUGCUGAGGAUGCCCAAGAAUUCAGCGAUGUAGAGAGGGCCAUUGAGACCCUCAUCAAGAACUUCCAUCAGUACUCUGUGGAGGGUGGAAAGGAGACACUGACCCCGGCUGAACUACGAGACCUGGUUACCCAGCAGCUGCCACACCUCAUGCCGAGCAACUGUGGGCUAGAAGAGAAAAUUGCCAACCUGGGCAACUGUAAUGACACGAAACUGGAGUUUGGAAGCUUCUGGGAGCUGAUUGGAGAAGCAGCCAAGAGUGUGAAGAUGGACAGCCCUGUUGCCCGGAGCUGAGGACCUCUUCUUGGAACUUGUUGGGGGUGUUGGGGAUAGGGGAUUUUUGAGGCCCUGAGCCUGGAAAUAAAAUUUUUCUCUACCCCCACCACCCCAUUCCCCAGCCUGCACCUCUCCUCAUCUCUGUAAGGACAGCCUUCCCUGUGGGCUCUGUGCACUCAUCUAGGGUGCUCUGUGGAGCUCCUGGGUCCAGAAGUCCUCAUCCCAGGGGAGCUCAGGGGGUGGGUUGGGGCUGGAGAGGAUAUGCAGGGAUCCUGGCGGGGUAAGGGCCAAGCCCUUGGUAGUAGGGGAAGGGCAGAAAGGAACUGGGCUAUGGGAAGUGAUCUGAAGAAUGGGGCUGGGAAGCUGGCUGGAUAUUUGGUCCUGAAAAGGGUGUCUGAGAACCUAUCCCUUCUAAUCUUGUCCGACCUCAACUGUAGCUGUCAGCCUUGUGCCACCCUUGCUGCUUCCAGCUCUGCCCCAUCCUCCUUCCAGGGUCUGUCUCUGAGUAGGAGCAGGGCAAAACAGGAGCAGAGUAGCAAAAGAGGCUGAGGAGGGCGUGACUUCAGAGGUUUGGGGUGAGAGGACCAGCUAGGUGCUUGGGCAUUUAUGGA